UUCCUCUAGCAACCUCUCCUCUAUACUAAAGAAAAACUCGGAACCCCAUUUUCAAAAUCAUGCAUUACUUCUUCUCCUUCUUCAAAAUCAUAAUACAACAUUAAGGACAUGCCCUUCUUCUUCCUCAGGAACCCUCUGGGCUCGAAGAUGAAGAAAGGUAUCAGAACUUUCUGCAACACCGAUGGCUCAACCUCCACCCUCAACCAACAAAGCAGUACUGUUGACGAAAAUCCAAGGCAAAGCUCACCAACUCUGGAGGAUCUGAUACUACAGUUAGAACUAGAGGAAGAGAUCGCUAGAAAGUCAAAGCUUAAAAGCCAUUACAACGAUGGAAUCAUGAGGGGCAGGAUGUCAUGUGUGAACAAUUCUGACAUCUUAAGAUCUGCAAGAAACGCCUUGAAUCAGUACCCAAGAUUCUCGCUUGACGGUAGGGACGCCAUUCACCGAUCUUCGUUUGGAAUCCAAGAAGGAAAAAACUCAGUUUGCUGUGACACAGGCUUAGGACGAAGGUUUCCGCUGGAAGAAGACGAAGAAGAGGAAGACGAAGAGAAGUAUGGGUUAAGGAAUAGGUUUAAAAAGACUCUGUCUUUGCCUGCAACUCUAGCAGGGGAAAGUGUGGUGUGGUGUGAGCCUGGCGUGGUGGCUAAGCUAAUGGGUCUGGAAGCCAUGCCAGUGCCUGUGAACAGCAGAAGACCAGAUAGCAGGAAGGAGAAGUUGAAUGGUAUCAUGAGAAGACAGAAUCUGAGAAGGAGAUUUGAGAGACAUGACUUAGAGAGAAGACUGGCCAUGGAAAUGCAGGGUAAUGGUGGUAGUACGAUCAGGAGGAACAAGAAUGGAUGCUGCUCUAGAAACGAGUAUUGUAUUAUGAAACCAGUUUUUCACUAGAAUCAUACACGGUAUGCUCUCAAGGUUUAACUUUCUGAUUUACCAAUAAUCAUGGAUUCAUUACUCUCUCUCUCUCUCUCUCUCUCUCUAUAUAUAUAUAUAUAUAUAUAAAAAUUUAUGCAA